CCUCUCUCACCUCGUUCCCAUUUGCAUCUCUGCUCGCUGCGCCUGCGACAUGUCGAGCUAUAGUGCGUCGCCACCACCUCUGAGUAGCGGGUACGCCUCUCCAGCCCCCUUGUCUACGACACCGCCUGUCCCGAAAGCUCAUACACACCCGAAACCUAAACCGACUAAUAUCUUCUCUAAUGACGGCUCGUUCCUAGAGCGCUUCCAGCGCCUCAAGAAGGACGAGGAAGAGAAGAAGGAACAAGAAGAUACAGUCGCAAGGAAACGAACCUUUGACGAGCGAUUUAAAAAGCGGGGCAAGCGCCCUCCUCCUGAUGCUCAGAACUCAACUCCUGCCACAGAGCCUCCCGUGAAGAAGUCGAAAGUGGAUACACCAAUGACUCAGUAUGAGAAAGAGGUCAAGAGCUACGCUGGUCGUAGCCUAAAGGACGACGGUAUUGGCGUCCGACCGCUUGUCAAAUAAUCUAUAUGGACUGACAAUGUCGUUUUAUGGACUUUUAUCUGAUCGACAUGGCCGUCUACUACCUUCCUUGAGUAUUUCCGUAAGACAGUCGUAUUUUAUUUUUCCCCUUCGUGACAAUGUGACGAUGCCAUCUGCCUUAAACGUUUCGGCGCGGU